UCAUCGGCGACUCCGGCGUCGGCAAGUCCAACCUGCUCUCGCGCUUCACCAAGAACGAGUUCUGCCUCGAAUCCAAGUCCACCAUCGGGGUCGAGUUCGCCACCCGCAGCCUCCAGGUCGACGGCAAGGUCGUCAAGGCCCAGAUUUGGGACACCGCCGGCCAGGAGAGAUACCGUGCUAUCACAAGUGCCUAUUAUAGAGGAGCAGUAGGCGCGUUGCUUGUGUAUGAUGUCACUCGCCGUGCUACAUUCGACAAUGUGGCACGCUGGCUAAAAGAGCUGAGAGAUCACACUGAUGCUAGCAUUGUUGUCAUGUUAGUUGGCAACAAAUCUGAUCUUCGUCACCUUGUGGCUGUUUCAACUGAAGAUGGGCAGGAAUAUGCUGAGGCGGAGUCACUGUACUUCAUGGAAACAUCUGCAUUAGACGCGACAAAUGUAGACAACGCUUUCUCAGAAGUUUUGACUCAGAUAUACCGAAUUGCGAGCAGGAAGACGGUUGAUGCAGGAGACGACGGCUCGUCUGCCCCAAGCAAAGGGGAGAAUAUAAAUGUGAAAGACGACGUGUCUUCGCUGAAGAGAGCCGGCUGCUGCUCGAGUUAGGGUAUAGAUGCAUUAUUAUUUGUUGCGUUUUCUACUGGUUGGUGUAUCUUGUAUUGCAACGAAACAGAUUUGUUGAUUCUCUCAUUUUGCUGCAGUUCUGGUGAUGGUUAGGCUGGUUCAGCUUUCACCUGAAAACUGUUUAUCUCAGAUUGACAAUGAGCUUUCACCUGAAAACUGUUUAUGUCAGAUUGAUAAUGAUAUUCUGCGAGUACUUUGUUUACA